AAACUCACCGAGAUCAUCCCCAAGUCGGCUGUCGGGGAGCUGUCCGAGGAUUCCAGCAACGUGGUACAGCUCAUCAAGAAUGCCUACAAUAAACUCUCCUCCAGGGUCUUUCUGGACCACAACACCCUCCCCGACAACCUGAAGGUGACCUACGACUCCUUCUGCAGCAACGGGGUGUCCCUCAUGAACCAGCCCAGAGGGGACUGUGAUGGUGUGCAGAUCAACGUCCCGAUCACUUUCCAGGUGAAGGUCACAGCCACAGAGUGCAUCCAGGAGCAGUCCUUCACCAUCCGGCCGCUGGGCUUCACGGACACAGUGACCGUGCGGGUCCUUCCCCAGUGUGAGUGCCAGUGUCGGGACCAGAGCCAGGACCGCAGCCUCUGCAGUGGCAAGGGCUCCCUGGAGUGUGGUAUCUGCAGGUGCGACGCCGGCUACAUCGGGAAAAACUGUGAGUGCCAGACGCAGGGCCGCAGCAGCCAGGAGCUGGAAGGGAGCUGCCGGAAGGACAACAACUCCAUCAUCUGCUCAGGGCUGGGGGACUGCAUCUGCGGGCAGUGUGUGUGCCAUGCCAGCGACGUCCCCAACAAGCAGAUCUUCGGGCAGUACUGCGAGUGCGACAACGUCAACUGUGAGCGCUACGACGGCCAAGUCUGUGGUGGCGAGAAGAGGGGGCGCUGUUCCUGCGGCAAGUGCUACUGUGCGGAGGGCUACGACGGCUCGGCCUGCCAGUGCCAGAAGUCCACCGAGGGCUGCCUGAACCAGAGGCGUGUGGAGUGCAGUGGCCGUGGCCGGUGCCUCUGCAACGUGUGCGAGUGUGAAGAUGGCUACCAGCCGCCCCUGUGCCAGGAGUGCCCCGGCUGCCCCUCACCCUGCGGCCGCUAUGUCUCUUGUGCUGAGUGCCUGAAAUUUGACAAGGGCCCCUUUGGGAAGAACUGCAGUGCCCAAUGUCGGAACCUGCACCUGCUGGACAGCCCCAUAAGGGGCAAGACAUGCAAGGAGCGGGACUCGGAGGGCUGCUGGAUGACCUACACACUGCGGCAGCUGGAUGGGAAGGACAGAUACGAAGUCCACGUAGAUGAGAACCGAGAGUGUGUGGAAGGCCCCAAUAUCGCUGCCAUCGUAGGGGGCACUGUUGCUGGUGUGGUGCUGAUUGGUGUCCUCCUCCUGGUCAUCUGGAAAGCCCUGACACACCUGAGUGACCUCCGGGAGUACAAGCGCUUUGAGAAGGAGAAGCUCAAGUCCCAGUGGAACAAUGAUAACCCCCUUUUUAAGAGUGCUACCACAACAGUCAUGAAUCCUAAGUUUGCUGAGAGUUAGGAGCACUUGGUGAAGACAAGACCAUCUGGACCAACCAGCUGGGACCCCUCGAAGUAUCUUCCCCAUCAUGCAAUAGUGACAUGGCUUAAACUCCUGACAGCAUCUCCAGCUAGUCAAAAUCCCACUGUUUUUCUGCCCUCCAAAUGACAGAUAUGGCCCCAAUGGAAGGACUGGCCUCCCCCUUCUGGCCUGUACACACUUUCUGUAGAGACUUGAGCAAGGAUGGCUGAAGUAUGAUAAGGUUUGAUGCAUGUUUUCUGUGUAAAAUUUGGAGAGCAGUCUGAUGAGAAGUGGCACGGAUAUAUUUAUAUUCAGACUCAUUGGGAUAUAAAACUAUGCAACACUGAUUAAAUUUAACCAGUCAUGUGUUUAAAAAAUAAAUAAAAUGUCUACACAAGCUGUUAA